AUGGCGAUAUCUGAAGCUCAUCCUCUGCUUCUUCUCUUCUUAUCAAUCUUCCUCUUACCUACUUUGCGCGCCACUUCUUUCCACUACUGCGAUAAGAAGCUCGACCCCGUUAAGGUCAAGGGUGUGGAGAUCUCUCCUUAUCCGGUUGUAAGUGGCAAAGCGGCGACAUUUAAGAUUUUGGGUUCUACUGUUGAAAACAUAUCUGGAGGAAAAGUAGUGAUCAAGGUUUCACUCUUUGGAAUUCCUGUCCAUACCGAAACUCACGACCUCUGCGAUGAGACGGCCUGCCCGAUCUCACCAGGAAGCCUUGUCCUUUCUCAUUCCCAAACAUUGCCUUCAUUUGCACCACCUGGCACGUACACGCUUAAGAUGACGAUAAACGACAAGAAUGGCGGCAGACUAACAUGCAUCAGCUUCAAAUUCAAGAUCACAUUAAGUUCCACGGUCUUUGUUAGUUAA